ACAGGGGGGAGCAGGCACAUAUUCAGGGGGACAGGGGGGAGCAGGCACCUAUUCAGGGGGACAGGUGAGACACGGGCAGGAGAGAGAGGGUCCCGGCCAAUCCCAGGCGAUAGGGGGCGCUGCUGAGGAGCCGGUGUGCCAAGCUCUCGGCUGAUGAACACUGUGCCAUCCCCAGCGGCCGCCGCUCCCCCCUAUGGAGCCCAACUCGUCCGUCCCGGGAAACGUUUCGGCCCCGCCGGGGGUGCCUUCGGACGAGCUGCUGAUCACGGGCACCUUCGGGACGGUGCUGUCCCUGAUGUACGUGUCCGGGGUGGCGGGGAACGUAUACACCUUGGCAGUGAUGUGCCAGUCUGUGAAGUGCGGCGCCUCCAUGUACAUCUCCAUCAUUAACCUGGCCCUGGCCGACCUGCUCUACCUCUCCAGCAUCCCCUUCAUCGUCUGCACCUACUUCGCCCGGGACUGGUACUUCGGGGACCUGGGCUGCCGGAUCCUGCUCAGCCUGGACCUGCUCACCAUGCACGCCAGCAUCUUCACCCUCACCGGGAUGUGCACCGAGCGCUACAUGGCAGUCACCAAGCCCCUGGAUACGGUCCGGAGAUCGAAGGGUUACAGGAAGGGAAUGGCCGGGGCAGUGUGGUCCCUGUCCCUGCUCCUCACCCUGCCCAUGAUGAUCAUGGUGACCCUGACUGAAGGCAAGGGGAAGGGGGUGAAGAGGAUGUGUGCCCCCACCUGGAGCCUGGAUGCCUACAGGAUCUACCUGACUGUGCUGUUCAGCACCAGUAUCAUGGCCCCGGGCAUGGUCAUUGGCUACCUGUACAGCAGGCUGGCUAGGACCUACCUGGAGUCCCAGAGGAACCCCAUUAACAAGAAGGAGAACAAGAGGUCCCCCAAGCAGAAGGUGCUGAUCAUGAUCUUCAGCAUAGUGCUGCUGUUCUGGGCUUGCUUCCUGCCCUUCUGGGUGUGGCAGUUGCUGCGACUCUAUGACAUGUCCCCCCAGCUCUCCUCCCAGACCCAGAAGUGCAUCAACUACCUGGUGACCUGCCUGACCUACAGCAACAGCUGCAUUAACCCCUUCCUCUACACGCUGCUCACCAAGAACUACAGGGAGUAUCUGAAGAACAGGCACAAGAAGUUCUACAGGUUCACCUCCGCCUUCAGGAAGAGGGGCUCCGGCCUGCAGUGCUCCUCCUGGGGCCGCUCCAUGUCCUCCAGCAACCACUAUGACUAUGGGUCGGAGACCCUGGGGAUGAGCAGCAUCCGGGACAUGAAGUGAGGGACGCUGGGACUGACACUCACCGGGGGCUGAGAGGUACAGGAGGGGGCCCUGACUGCGGGACUCCAUCUUUCCUUUCUCAUACCGGAUUCUCCUGCCCAGACAAUGUGUUAGAACUCCGCUGCCGGGAGAUCCGAAGUGACUACCUCAAAGCGGGCAGGGCGAUGUUCC